CAGUCUCUCACAAUACAAUGGCAUUGUAUAAUAAGAUUGGAGAGGAUGCUAGUCAGAUACCGGCUGCUCAAGGAUACAUAUGGAACCUUAUUUUCAAUUAUAUCAAUUCCAUGUCACUCAAAUGUGCAAUUCAACUUGGAAUUCCAGAUAUUAUCCAUAGUCAUGGCCGAGCCAUGACCCUUUCUGAUUUAGUGAAUUCCCUCCCCAUCAACAAUAUUAACAGUACAAUUCGCAAUUGUAUUUAUCGUCUUAUGCGUAUUCUAAUUCAUGCAGGCUUUUUUAUUCAAACCAAUUUAGUUAACAAAGAAGAAAAGACAGAAGAGGAGGAGGAGGAGGGGGGUUAUUUACCUACUCCAGCUUCGCGUCUCCUCCUUAAAGACGAUCCUUUGAGUCUAGUCCCGCUUGUGCAGGUGGGACUAGAUUCGCUUAUGAUGGAUCCAUGGCAAUAUUUAAGCAUGUGGUUUGAGAAAGGUGACCACUCUAGUACUACUCCAUUCGUGACAGCUCAUGGGAAGCCAUUUUUCGAAUAUGUAGGGAAUGAACCAAGGUUGAACCAUUUAUUUAACGAAGCCAUGGCUAAUGAUUCCCGAUUAAGUAUAAGUGUGAUAAUUGAACAUUGUAAAGAAAUUUUUGAAGGAUUGAAAUCAUUGGUGGACAUAGGAGGUGGCACGGGAACCAUGGCUAAAUCAAUUGCAGAUAUGUUUCCACAAAUAAAUUGCAUCGUCUUAGAUCUUCCACAUGUAAUUGAAGGAUGUGAAGGAAGCAAGAACCUCAGCUAUGUGGGAGGAGACAUGUUUAAGUUCAUUCCUUCUGCUGAUGCAAUUUUACUAAAGUUGAUAUUACAUGAUUGGAGCGAUGAAGAUUGUAUUAAAAUAUUGAAGAAAUGUAAACAAGCAAUUCCAAGUAAGGAGAAUGGGGGAAGGGUGAUCAUCAUUGACAUGGUACUAAUGGAUCAGAAAGGAGACCACAAUGCAUAUGAGACACAACUUUUCUUCGACAUGCUCAUGAUGGUUUACUCUUUCGGAAGGGAAAGAAGUCAACAAGAAUGGGCAAAACUCUUUUUUGAUUCUGGUUUUAGUGACUACAAGAUUAUUCCUAUCUUGGGAUUGAGAUCUAUUAUUGAGAUUUAUCCUUAAAUUAAACUCGCGUUACAUGAUAUUUAUUUUUAUCCACAUUUACACGAAAUGGAAGAUUUGCCCAAUUGUUCAGGCUA